GAAGAAGAAGAAGAAGCUGCAUCUUGCCGCGAUAUUUCAGCUGCUGUGAGAACUCAGCCACGACUCACACUAGCUUAAAGUACAGUUUGUAUGUUUGCGUGUUUUCAGAUUUUGACACCUUCCUGUGUUCACCCUCCCGAGCGGCUCAACCCGGUCGUGUUAAUCCCGGAGAAGGCGCACGCAGCCCGGCUCGCAGUUUAUCCGCCUCCAGCUGUCUGCCGGGUGAAAAUCAGCGGGCUUUGUGUCAGAAACACGCCUUGUUGUUGUUGACCAGCGCAGUCUGCUGCUGUCUUAUCUUCUCUCCCGCCGCCUCAUCCUCAGCGGGUCCGCACAGGAAACGAUGGUUUUGCUGAAAAACCUCCAUCCUCCCACCGAGGGAGUGCGGCACGAACAAGCCGAGACCACGGCGGUGCUAGACGGCCAGAGGCUUGGCUGCGGCACGCUGUACGUCGCCGAAACACGCUUGUCGUGGUUCGACGGCUCAGGUUUGGGUUUCUCUCUGGAGUAUCCGACCAUCGGCCUGCACGCCAUCUCCAGAGACGUCGGCGCUUAUCCACAGGAACACCUGUACGUCAUGGUCAACGGCAAACUCAGCGAUGAAAACGAGGCCGAAAUGGCAGAAAAAGCUGACGAAGAAGAAGAAGGCGGCGACGAAAGCAGCAGUGAUGAUGAUGAUGAUGAUGAUGAUGAUGAAGGAGUGAUCUCAGAGAUUCGAUUCGUGCCCAGUGACAAGGCAGCAUUGGAGUCCAUGUUCUCAGCGAUGUGUGAGUGUCAGGCGCUGCAUCCCGACCCAGAGGACGACGACUCCGACAACGACUUCGAAGGAGAGGAGUACGACGUGGAGGAAGCCGAAGCAGAACACGGUCACGCCGACAUCCCGACCUUCUACACCUGUGACGAGGGUCUGUCGGCGCUGACGCAGGAGGGCCAGGCCACGCUGGAGAGGCUGGAGGGGAUGUUAGCCCAGAGCGUCGCUCAGCAGUACCACAUGGCCGGAGUCCGAACCGAAGAGACCAACGCCGACUUUGAAGAUGGGAUGGAGGUGGAUGCAGCGGCGGCGGAGGCCGGUCAGUUUGAGGAUGCAGAUGCAGAUGUUGAGCACUGAUUGAAGUCCACUCAGCAGCCAGGCAAAGCAUCAUGGGAUUGGAGAAGAGGACAGCGGCACUUCUUUAAGGCUUUAAGCUCUUACUUGUACUCUUCUGUUCCAAGCACUUCCUGUUCUCACCGUCAAACAAACGUUAUCCCGUGUACUUAAAGUCAUCUCAGUAAUCUUCUGUAGCUUCCUAAACGUUCUCUUGUCGGUGUUGCAUCGGAGGUCACGUAUUACAUAUCUCUACUAAUUUGUCCAGCUCAUGUGAUGAAAAGUGUGCUGUUCUGCACUUCUGUGAUACAACCAAGUCAGCUACUGUAGACUAUUGAGAUGCAGCUCCAGUUCCUGUUGUUGACUGUAAAAACAAAAGUUUUGUUUCUGUUUGUUUUUGUACCUAAAGACCAAUUUAAUAUCUGACCUCCUGCUGAGGAGAGUGAAUGUCUUUGUAUCAAAUUGUCAAUAAAUGCUUAGUUUUUGUA